AUGUUUCAGGCUGCUAGGCCAACUGAUAAUGCUCAAGGAGCGUUUCAUGUGAUGCCACAACCUUCAUGGAACUUCCCAGUACCGGCGCAAAUCCGAGAAUUCGCCAAUAAACAACCGCUUCUUGGAACUGAAUGGCAAGCUCAAUCGGAAUGGGCGGCCAACAACAACAAGCUGACCGAUUGGAGUAAAUGGUCGACAUCGCAACAGGCAGCUGGUGGCAAUCCAGAAAUUCAUCGACCGAUGCCGACGUUUGCUGGAUCGUCGCUUUCGACGCUCAUCCCAUCGUCGUCGAAUUUGCCGGGUGGCGAGCAAAGAACACCACACGUGACAUUUGUCAGCCCGAAAGAAGACGACCGGAAGAGCAGCGAACAUCAUACCAAUUCCUAUGAUGGUUCGGCGUCGCAAUCGCCGAACAACAAUGAUGACGCGGCGACCAACAGCAGCGAGGAGCAAAUCGAUGUGGAAUGUAUGCCACAUAAAGAGGAGUCGACACCGACGAAGACUGAAGUGAAUGAGGAGGAGAUGCCUGAGGAGAAACCAGAGGAGCCACAAAUUCGCAAGUCGGUGAUUGAUUGCCACAAGCCGACCUUGGAGGAGACCAAACUUCUUUUGAACUUCUCGCAACAAUCAUUCAACGAUAGCGUUAGCGCGAAAUCGUCUAUCUCUCCAUCAGCUCAGUCGACGGAUGGAAAGAAUGAGACCGUUGGAUUCUUGCACAGUGGAAACAGCGCGUUCUCCAAUAUUGGAUCGGUUUCGCAGCGUACACCAUCUCGAGACAGCGCAAUGCAGGAAUCUGGAACCACUGGCAAUACUUCAUCAUUCUGCCGAGCUCCUGGACUUGGACCAGCGGCGGCACCACCACCAUCUAAUGGCGGUGCAACACCAUUAGUGUGCCCAAUUUGCGGUUUCUCGUGUCCGUCGAAAUUCCACUACAAUAGCCACAUGAACACUCAUGGCGAUCAUCAGUGUACUAUGUGCGACUAUACUAGUAGAACUGAAGGACGAUUGAAGAAGCAUAUGCGCGAGUCGCAUACUGUUGAGGAACAAUUGAAAGCUGGACUUGAGAUUGAGCCGAAACACGAGAAAGCACAAGCUCUUGCCCAGGCGCAAGCGCAAGCUGAAGCCAAGGCCAAAGCCAAAGAGGCUGAGAAACAGAAGAAUGAUUCCCACCUUUUUGCAAACUUGUCGACUACUAUGGCGAGCAUUCUUGAUUCUACGGCUACUGCUUUUGCUGCUUCGAUGGCACAAACUGAUACGAAGCCCACUUUCGCUCAAUCAAUUGGACUCGAUCCUGUUGCCACUUCCAAUCUACUCUCGAACCUGAGCCAACGCAAUGCGUUGACAACUUCCGCACUUGAUCAGAUUCGUGCCUUCACUGAAAAGUCGAAUCUUCUUCCGGAAGGCGGUUUGAACUUGGCAUCGGCACUCGGCGCGGUUUCUCAGGCAAUUUCUGGCGAGUCGACUAAAAUCGUCGAAAAAGUAAUCAAUUUCGAACCGCGACGCAGCAGCAGCGGAAAGGUCAAAAUUCUCAAGUGCAAACAGUGUGGACACCAAAGCAUGUCGAAGAAUGAGCAAUGGGCGCAUGCUCGAACCCAUAUUCCAGCCGAAAAACAGCUCAACUGCGACCUUUGCAAUUUCGUAACGGAAUACAAACACCACUUGGAAUAUCACUACCGUAAUCACACCGGAAGCAAACCAUUCCAAUGCAAAAAGUGCUCAUACACCUGCGUCAACAAAUCGAUGCUCAACUCGCACAUGAAGAGCCAUACCAAUCAUUAUCAGUUCAGAUGCGUUGAUUGUACGUAUGCAACAAAAUACUGUCAUAGUUUGAAGCUCCACUUGAAAAAGUACAACCAUCGACGUGUGCCUGAAGGCAGUGAAUUGAGCGGUGGCGACUCGUCGCCAUCUCUCGGCCAGGUCGACACUGCUGCCCCAGCGUAUAACGCCUUCGGCAAUGUUGAAGUCAAAUUGGAAACCCCAACGCCAACCUCGAUCGCGCAAUCUCUUGGUUUCACGCCAAUGGUUAACAAUCAAAGUCUCACCUAUGCCAGCCAAAUGCUGCUCAAGCAACACCAAAUGGAAGGUCUUAACCCGCUUCUCUCACUGGGAAACCUGAACACAUUGACUACAACGGGCUCCAUCCCAAUGAAGUGUCCAAUGUGCGACUAUCAGUGCACCUCGCAUGAGGAUCAAAUCAAGCACAAUAUGAGCCAUUUUAUGAACAACGCCACCCCAACCACCCUCGCAAAUUUUUAUUCCACCUUGGUCCAGCCGUCUUCUCUCGCCUUGACCAACACUUCCAAUGAAUCCGAGACCGCUAUGGAAGUGACUGAGGGUGACGAGCGAGAGAAUGAUCAAGAUCAUGAAGGCAGUGGUCACGCCGGAGAUGAUGAAAUGGAUCAAAGCGAUUGCGCUGGAUCGCCGACGGGCAGCUCGAAAGGCUCGAGCGAUGAGGAGCUCCAAAGAAGAAAGGCGUUCAAACUUGAGCAGAUCAGCCAAAGACUUCAGGGAAAGAGCCCAAGCAGCAGCGAAAGCGUUGUUGACAACCAUGAAGAGAGACUUGUUGAAUCAUCGGUUUCUCCAUCGGAGCCAAUGAGCGAUCCGCCACCGGUCCGUGUCCCACUUCCAAUUGUUCCGUUCAACGAGACGCCAUUGAUGGUCAACACAUCGCAACCAAGUCAACUCAACAAUCUUCUCCAGCAAGCCUGCUUGGCUUUCAAUGCACUCAAUGCUAAGCGCGAAGAUAAUUCAUAUAGCUUCACUUGCCCGCAUUGCAGAAUGGCGUUCCAGGAUCAAGCCCUUUACCAUAUCCAUAUGGGCUACCAUGGAUACGAGCACGCCUUCAAGUGCAAUCGGUGCGGUUUCACAGCCAAUGACUCAUUGAACUUCAACCUUCAUCUUCUUCAAGCUUCCCACGAAUGA